AUGGCGCGUAAAUCUGUCUCUCAUUCUACUUCUAAUCGUCAGCGUUCUCUUCCGAAGAGACGUGUUCAACGCACUGCUCGUAGAAAACGUCAUAGUGCCAAUCGUGUUUCAGAGAAUCGUGAACUUGAUCGUCUUAAAUUUGUAAAUCCAGGUAGACGAAUGAAAAGCUUGAAAGUAAAUUGGUCUGAGCCUAAUUUAACGCGAAGUAUUCGUAAACAACUGAAUACUCGAUCCAAACGUAAAGCACCUAACCGUAUGCGUUACCUGUAUGAUUCCCGUGGUCGUCUUCUGCAAACUUUGGAAGAUAUAUGUGAUUGUAUGAGACCAAAGUGUUCAGGAUGCCAUUUAUCAUGUCGUAAAUGCCGGUCUAUGUGUUGUGGAGCAACAUGUCGUAUUUAUCGAACUUUUCGCGUCAAUGAAGUUAAAGUGUUCAUCUAA